AGCCUGGGGCGGGACGCGGGCUGGGACGCAGCUCAGCGCGCUCGCUGCCGGAGGGUGAUGGCCCUGCAGGGCUGCGGGCUCCGACUUUACCCGCAGUCCGCGGCGAGAAACUGGCCCAGGCACCGGGAUCUUGGCGAGCGCUGAGCACUCAUCCAGAGCACGUUCUUUCUUUACACAUCUCGCCUCCACGGCCUGCCGAAGACCAAGUACCGCUGUCGCUUUCGCUCCCCCAGAUCAUGUCCUCAGUUCCCGGGACAGCGCUCCGAAAAAGAAGUUCGCCCAGUUUGGACCUCAUGACCUUUCCAAGCUGUGUGUCCUGCUGCCCGGACCUAGUCUGAACCGCGCUGCCCAGGCAGACAUCGGGUCUGGCGGGCUUCCUCUGCGAGCUGUUGUUUUGGGGGCUUUCCCCCUCACACCCGCCGGCCUCUGAGACCUGGAAGAAAGGGGCGGCUCCCUGCACCCCUCCGGAGCCUUCAGGAAGAUGGGGAGCAAGGCCCUGCCAGCUCCCAUCCCACUGCACCCCUCGCUGCAGCUCACCAAUUACUCCUUCCUGCAGGCAGUGAACACCUUCCCCGCCGCAGUGGACCACCUUCAGGGCCUCUACGGUCUCAGUGCUGUGCAGACCAUGCACAUGAACCACUGGACGCUGGGGUACCCCAAUGUGCACGAGAUCACCCGCUCCACCAUCACGGAGAUGGCGGCUGCGCAGGGCCUCGUGGACGCUCGCUUCCCCUUCCCCGCACUGCCCUUUGCCACCCACCUGUUCCACCCCAAGCAGGGGGCCAUUGCCCACGUCCUCCCAGCCUUACACAAGGAUCGGCCCCGUUUUGACUUUGCCAACUUGGCGGUGGCCGCCACUCAAGAAGAUCCGCCUAAAAUGGGAGACCUGAGCAAGCUGAGCCCGGGUCUGGGGAGCCCCAUCUCGGGCCUCAGCAAACUGACUCCGGACAGAAAGCCCUCCCGAGGGAGAUUGCCCUCCAAAACGAAAAAGGAGUUUAUCUGCAAGUUUUGCGGCAGACACUUUACCAAAUCGUACAAUUUGCUCAUUCACGAGAGGACCCACACGGACGAGAGGCCGUACACCUGUGACAUCUGCCACAAGGCGUUUCGGAGGCAAGAUCACCUACGGGAUCACAGGUAUAUCCAUUCCAAAGAAAAGCCCUUCAAAUGUCAGGAAUGUGGGAAAGGAUUUUGUCAAUCUAGAACUCUAGCAGUUCACAAAACUUUACAUAUGCAGGAAUCUCCACACAAAUGUCCCACAUGUGGAAGAACCUUUAAUCAGAGAAGUAAUCUGAAAACUCACCUUCUCACCCAUACAGACAUCAAGCCCUACAGCUGCGAGCGGUGCGGCAAAGUGUUCAGGCGAAACUGUGAUCUGCGGCGGCACAGCCUGACUCACACCCCGCGGCAGAACUUCUAGCGAAGCCCAGAAUCUGUCCUGUGCGGCCCCGGCUCCCCCCCCCCCCCACUUCUCCAAACCUCCCACCCCAGGGGCCCAUCCCCAACCUGGUUGACCCCAGCUCUUCCCUGCCUGCAUCUGCACCUGCAGUUCCAGGGAGUUAACUGUUCUUCUGAGGACUGAGAACUCUCUAGAAAGCCACACACUACCCCCUUCCAAACCAGCAUGUGCUAGAUCCUUGUAGAUAUUCACGGCUCAUUUUAGAGCUCUGUAUAUAAUGUCGCGGGUCUUCGUCCUGUUGUUCUGUCUGGUUUUGUAUCUUGUUGGAUGCAUCUAGACAUGGAAAACGAAAACCAAAUUUAUCUUUAAAGACUGUAUUUUCAAAAAUAAAACCUCUUGAUUCA